CGGAGCAGCACUCGGCAAGCGGCUGGCGGCCCACGGCCAUAGAGACGACACGACAGAAGGGCCACUUGAUUCGACCGGAACUUCCGGAAUGUAAUCAACAUGAUCCAUUCGGAAGGAGCUGAACAACAACUCUCUGAAUUAGAUUUGCUUUCCAGUAUGUUUCCCAAUGAGGAUGAAUUUAAGGUGACUGACCAACUGGCUCUAGCAGAACUGAAAGAUCGGGUGGAAAAGUGCACUUCGGAAGAGCCAUCUUCAAAAAUACAGUUUAUGCUUAAUUUAGAAAUAGAGAAGCCUGAUGGAAGUGAGGUUCCCCUUUCUUUGUUCUGUGCUUUCCCAUUGGAAUAUCCCACCGUGCUUCCAGAAAUCACUAUCAGGUCUCAAUUCAUAAGCCGAUCCCAGCAGGCUCAGCUAAAUACAGAUCUUAUAACAUACUUGCAGAAGCAUUGUGCUGGUGAAGUGUGCAUUUUAAGUGCAAGAGAAUGGAUUAAAGAUCAUGCUGCUGCUUACAUCAACAAGGAACGAUCAUCUUCCACUUCACAGAAAUCAAAUAUUCAAAGUUCUGAGGAUAUCUUCACCAGACUCUGGAUUUACAGCCAUCACAUUUAUAACAAGCAAAAAAGAAAGAAUAUAAUUGACUGGUCUAAGGAACUUUCUCUCACUGGAUUCAGCAUGCCUGGGAAACCAGGUAUCAUUUGUGUUGAAGGCCCACAGAGCAUGUGCGAAGAGUUCUGGGCAAGACUUCGAAGAUUAUCAUGGCAACGGAUUUUGAUUCGGCACAGGGAAGAUAUUUGCUUAGAGGGAGCUGAAGGGCAAAUGGGGAAACAAAAGAAGUUCACAGUUUUUGAAGAAAAAAUAUUUGAUGCACAUGGUGCCAGAGGAAAUCACAUGGAUUUGGGACAGUUGUAUCAUUUUUUACUUGACAGUGGUUGUGGUGAUAUAUUUCAAUUGUACUUUGGAGUUGAAGGACAGUAGAAAACCACAACAUUUUCCUUUUUUAAAAAAAUAAAUAAAUAAAAAUAAA